AUGGUAUCGCAAAUCAAGGGCAAGCAUGACAGCCCUGCUACUCCAAGAUCAAAACGUUUGUCGAAACCAAACAAGGAAUACGAUAUUACAAACACUACCUACAACUCUGAAGAUGACCUGGAUUACCAUCCCGAAGACGACUCAGAAUUUGGCGCGUCGGACGAUGACGAUGAGGAUUUCGAAGACGAUGAUACAGUAGUGUUUGAUGAGGUAAAGAAGAAUAGAAAUGGUAUUUGUUCUUCUUCCUCUUCCGUUUCAUUAGACGGAGAAGACGUCAAGAAUAAAUUGCUCCCAGAUGAUCUCACUGGAAAUAUACCCGACAAGAAGGGAGAGCCAGCUUUGAAAUUGAAAGCCCAUAAUAAGUUUGGUGACUUUAUCCAUAAGCACGAAAUUCCUCGGAAGUUUUUACACGUUUCUAUAGGGUUUAUCACUUUAUAUUUUUACACUCAGGGGCUAGAUACCAAGAUGUUUAUUCCUUAUUUAUCUACUGCCUGUGCAAUUAUCUUCAGUCUUGAUUUGGUUAGAUUUAAAAUCCCUGCUUUCAACAAAGCUUAUUGUCAAGCUGUUGGUUUCUUGAUGAGAGAAAAAGAAAUCGACUCGUACAAUGGGGUUAUUUGGUACCUUCUUGGAUUAACUAUUGCUUUCCAACCGUUCCCAAAGGAUAUUGGUGUGAUGGCAGUCUUAUUAUUGAGUUGGUCUGAUACUGCUGCUUCUACCUUUGGUAGAGCUUAUGGUCAUUUGACCCCAAAAAUCGCUAAACAUAAGAGUUUAGCUGGUUCUAUUGCCGCUUUUGUCACUGGUAUCAUUUCUUGUUUAGUCUUCUAUGGCUACUUUGUUCCAACUUACAAAUAUACUGAAGACAUCUUGUGGUCACAAAAUACUAGCCGUUUAUCUUUACCAGUAUACUCAAUGGCUUGUGGGUUUAUUGCUGCCUUGAGUGAAGGUAUUGACAUAUUAAACUGGGAUGACAAUUUCACCAUUCCAACAUUGUCUGGUAUUUUCUUAUAUUCUCUCGUCAAAGCAGUUGAAAUCCACUAG